CGUAUUCUGUGUAGUCAAAUAGUACCUAUCUAAAUUGUGCAAUCGCGCUUCAAUUGAAAGCUAGACGAUAACCUACUCUUCGUUUUAAAAUAAACGCAAACUUUGACAAACAAUGUUAAUCCAAUGUUCGCUCAUCAUCCAAAAUCUGGUCCCACAAGCAGAAAAAAACAACUCACAGUCACUCAGGUCGUAUUUGUUGACCAAAAAAGUAAACGGCAAAUACUAUGUGCGCGUGUCGAACUCGACGUACCCAAACGGAAUCCACUACGACAUUGCCAUGUUGGAACACAUAUACUACAAGUUCAUAAAAGAAAGGAAAAUGGGAUUAGAGUUCAAAGAGCCCAGACAAAUGUUAUUGAUAAUAGCCGACGACAAGGAAAUGCUUCAUUCAUUCUACCAUCAACUUAUUGACAUUAUUAACGGGAAAAAUGUAAUCAUCGGUACACGUCACUUGCUGAACAUGGCGAAUAGUAACAACUAUAACAAUAAUAUAGGUUGUAAUACAAAACCUGUUGACUUUGUAGAUAUUGAUCGCUUUAACAACAGUCUAUUAAACAUGAAACAUUUGGGAAAACUUGUUUUGGAAAACUGUGAUUUACCAACAAUUCCUGUACAAAUUGGCAAUUUACCCAUUAAAUAUCUUAGCAUAUCGGGUAGUAAACUACCUACUUCACAAUUUAAUCAAGAUACCUUCUGGAAUUGGAUGUCUAUGGAUACAAUUUGUGGUACAUUAUCAACCUUAAAAAUGGAUUCAAUUGGUUUGAAAUCUUUACCGUUUGAAAUAUUGUUUCUGAAAAAUCUACAGACAUUAUCUGCAGCCAAAAAUAUGCUGACAUAUUUACCUCACUUCAUCGCUGAAAUGAAGAAACUUGAUUGCUUAUUUUUUGGUGACAAUUUGUUAUCAUAUUAUCCUGAUAGUAUAUGUUGUAAAAUCUUUCAAAAAGUUGAUAUAUCAAAUAACCCAUUUCAAUUACCUGAAUAUCAUGUUUUUGAGCAUUUGGUUAAAUAUGUGGAUGUAUUUACAAGUCUAAAGAGACCUGAUGAUGAUUUGAUUGUAAAACCAUUAAGUCAUUUGUCAUUUUACUCUUUGAUUAAUAAUUGUGUACCAUUUAAAAGACAAGAUAUACCUCGUACAUUAUGGCUAUAUUUUGAUGUAGUUGGUCGUUGUAUGUUGUGUAAAAGAUUAUUACUUCCAGAUUACUGUGAGAUAAGACAUAGGUUUGGCUUGCCUACAGCAAUAAGUUUAACUAAAGAUCAAAGAACUACCAGAAUAUCACGACAAUAUUUAUUAUGUCGUAUUUCGGAUAAGUUUUGUGUGAAACGUUAA